CAGCAGAAUCUGUCUGACUCACAGUCGGUUUUGAAUGGGAACGCAUCACACCACAGCAGUAACCUAAUCCCCUGGCUUCUCCUUAGUCUGACAACAGGACAGGGUUUCUGCUCACACUCAGCAGCAUGAAGACCCUCCGCCUCAGCACUUUUCUGUCUGCAUGUGUGAGUGUGUGCGCGUGCAUUUGGCCUUGUGUGUGACUCUUGGUGAGUGUGUGCCUCCGUGUGUGUGUGUCUGUGCAAAAGACUGCAUUAUUGAGGGGAAGGAAGAAGUGAAACAGUGCCGGGACGGGACCGUGUGUGAGUGUGUAGAAGAGAUGGGAGAGAGGAGUACGGUGCAGCAGCACAAGCAGCCUCCCUAUGAUGGUGGGCUCUGCAACUACGCCCAGAAAAUCGGCUCCUGCUUCGGACUGGACGUGGCACAUGCUCAGGACGCACACAAUUCCAAUGAGAAGCCUCUGAUCCAGUGCUACAAGUGUGGGGAGCCAUGUAAGGGUGAGGUGCUGAGGGUGCAGUCCAAGCACUUCCACCUGAAGUGCUUCACCUGUAAAGUGUGUGGCUGUGACCUGGCUCAGGGAGGCUUCUUCAUGAAGAAUGGAGACUACCUGUGUACCCUGGACUACCAGCGAAUGCACGGGACGCGCUGCAAUGGCUGUGGGGACUUUGUGGAGGGAGAGGUCGUCACUGCUCUGGGCAAGACCUACCACCCUGCCUGCUUCGUCUGCACCAUCUGCAAACGACCGUUUCCUGCUGGGGAUAGGGUCACCUUCAAUGGCAAAGACUGUCUGUGUCAGUACUGUGUCCAGCCCACAUCCCCAGGACCCGGCAAAGACAUCAUCGACUCCAACUGCUGUACAGGCUGUGGUAGAGACAUUAAGAAUGGUCAGGCUCUAUUAGCUCUGGAGAGACAGUGGCACCUGGGCUGCUUCAAGUGUAAGGCAUGUCAAAAAGUCCUCACUGGGGAGUACAUCAGCAAGGAUGGCACACCCUAUUGUGAGAAGGACUACCAGGUCCAUUUUGGGGUUCAAUGCGAAGCCUGCCAGCAGUUUAUCACAGGCAAAGUGCUGGAGGCAGGGGACAAACACUACCACCCCAGCUGUGCACGAUGCAGCAGGUGCAACCAGAUGUUCACAGAAGGAGAAGAGAUGUACCUGCAAGGAUCAACAGUGUGGCACCCUGGCUGUAAGAACACAACCAGAACAGAGGAAAGACAUAGGGAACGGCCUUCGAGGUCGUCGUCCGAGAGUAUCUGUUCCAGACCUGGUUCAAGCAUACCUGGCUCACCGGGUCAUACCAUAUAUGCAAAAGUAGACAAUGAGAUCCUUGAUUACAGGGACCUAGCCGCCAUUCCCAAAGUCAAAGCCAUUUAUGACAUAGAGCACCCUGAUCUGAUUACCUAUGAGCCUUUGUACACCAUGUCCCUGGAUGAGAGGGAGGAGAGGAGGGAGAGUGUGGGAGAGCUCCAUACUGCGAGAAGGGAGCGUUCCUCCAUGCCAGACGACAAGUCCUCAAGACACAUGUCACCUACACCGUCUGCUGAGGGCUGCUAUGACAUGAGGGAACGCAUCCUCCAGAGGUCCACCAGUCAGGGUUCUAUCGGAUCACACGUCUACAAUCGCAAUAGUUACACCCCGUUGUCACGCUCACCGCAGCAUUUUCACAGACCAGAAACUCUGACAGGCAUGCAGAAGCUCUGCUCUGACCUGUGCAGUAACAGCCAUAGUGACUCCCGCCCCACCUCCCCUUUCAGACAUCACUUUCUACCCCAUAGCCAAGGCACUGAUCCACCCAGCGGGCGGAGCUCCCCUAUACCCCAACGGCCAGAGAGCCGGCCGGUCACUCCGCCUCUCUCUCUGACCCCUAAACAUUUCCACCUCCCAGAUCAGGGGAUCAACAUUUACAGGAAACCACCCAUCUACAAACAACACGGUUCAGAAGGAGGAAGGAGACGGUCUAGGGAAGAGGAGGAAGAGGAGGCUAUGAAGAGAAAGCAGAUCCAAGAGGAGCAAAUCAACAAGAUCCAGUCUGGUUUGGGGAAGCUGAUAAUGAAAGAGGAGAAUGAAAAGGAGCAGAUCAGGGAUGGUCAUGCACGCAGCCAAUCAGCUCAGCGCUAUGAACCUCAGCAGAACAACUAUGAUGGAGAUGAUUCCAAAACUUCCUCGCUGCCUGGUUAUGGACGGAAUGGAUUACACCGGCCUCAGUCCACAGAUUUCACUCAGUACAACAGCCAUGGGGACAUGUGUGGGGGAGGAAGAGAGUUUCAGCACAUAAGGGAUGGCUGUGCCGCAGUAACAAGAAUGGACAGGGGAGUAUCUAUGCCUAAUAUGUUGGAACCAAAAGUUGUACCAUAUGAAAUGCUCACGAUAACCAGUAGAGGGCGAGCUAAACUGCCCAGGGAGGUGGACAGAACAAGACUGGAGCGCCACUUAGCCCCAGAAACGUUCUUUGACAUCUUUGGGAUGGAGAUCCAGGAAUUUGACAGGCUUCCACUGUGGAAACGCAACAACAUGAAAAAGAAGGCCAAGCUCUUCUAGCAGUCAGAGCAGCAUGCACUCAUCCCAUCCCAUAAGAUAGCAAUCUACUCUACCACUGUAACAUAGAUGUAGGAUUUGUUUUGAUUUUCCCCCUUUCCCUCUUUUUUGACAUGUUCAAGGAAGCAACGAAAUGGACUCUUUUUACUCUAUACUUCCUCUACGAACUGAAUACAUAAUUAACGAACUGAUAGAUGCUACAAGGAAACAGAAUUAAACCCAUUUCUUGAGUGUUCAAAAAUUAAAAAGAAUGAGAAAGAAUUAUAAAUUAGGUCAUGUUUUUUUGUUUUUUUACUGCUGCGCUUGUUUUUUGUUUUGUUUUUCGCUUUGCUUUGAAUGGAGCUGCUUUUACUUUCUUUCCCUUUUCUUUAAUCUCAUGGCACCAAAUGGAACAUGUUCUUCACAUGCGAAACUGGAAUGUUUGUCUGUCAGCUUCAUAAGUCAAUGGUCAGCUUGCCCUCAUUUUGGCUGAAACAUUUUAGACCCGUGUUGGCGUCAAAUCAAAUGGCUUACAGUCUUCAUCAUGGAAAUAUUGGGUCUUGCCAUUUCUUUAUGGCUCUAGUACAUAAUAUGAGUCCAAAUCUUCAAACACUGCUCAGCUUGCCUUAGCACCUAACCAUGUUACUCUCACUGGCAUCAGAGUCUGGAAAAGUCAUCAAUCAAAACAAUAUAAUGUGGUUUCCAUAUAGAUCCGGGUUAUAUUCAUUAGGGCAUGCAACAUUUUAAAAUGUUCUGUAAUGGGAAACUGAAAUGAGCAUGGACAAGUCCAAGUAGUCCCUCCCUAUUUCAGUUUGUUUUCUUCCAUUUGAUGCCUAUUAAAUAUGACCCAGGUAGCCUCUUCAACAAAACACUUUAUCCUAUCAGGCUCCCAUGAAAACGACCCAAUUUAGUUUUCCGUUGGUUAAAUUGGAGAAGCAAUUCCUAUUUCACUCACAAAAAUUCAACAAACACCACCCCAAAAAAUACAACAUUAAAUGUAAAAAAAAAAUGUAUUUAAAAUGUUUUAUAAAUGAAACCCACACUGCCAUUUGUUGUAUUGAAAUAUAAGCAAAAAUAAAGCUUUAAAUCCCUGUGUAUGAUACACCAAAGGUAUCACCUGUAUUAGUUUAUCUCCUCUCAGCUAUUAAACAAAUAAACACAGUGUGUGAGGUAGUA